AUGGCGCACAUGGGCUUCGACGGCGCCGAUGUGCCUUUUUGUGAUCUUCGUGCAGCUGCGCCGCGGCCAGCCGAGAGCGCAUUUGCGGCGCCCAACAACCACGCGUGGAGUGCACCGUCGCCGUCCUCGCCGUACGACGCCAACGAGUCGGGCGAAGGCUGGCGGUACGUGCGUCGUAUCGCCAACCUUGCCUACAAUACCGUCAGUGGGGUGCUAGGCGUGCUGCAUGCGAGGCCACCCGGGGAGGCCAAUGCGUCCACGGACAACAACGCCUCUGCGAAGGCAUUCCCCCACCCGACAGUCCAUCCUAACACACCCCACAUCUCUGCCGCGACUCCGGCGCAAAGCUACUCUGGUGCCCCGCGGCCGUCUGAAGAGACACGCGUAGCUGACACCAUCGAACUCCGCCGGCCGCGACGCAGCACAGCUCAGUAUCAUGUGCCGCCGCCGCAGCCCCCGGUCUCGGAGCCGGCACUGCAGGCCCGCGGCGCGCCGCUCACUUACCCCUCGGCGCGAGAGGCUCCACAGUGCCAAAUCACGGUGAAUCAGUACUUCGCGGCACCCGAGCGCAGCAUCUAUCCUAUGGUGUUUGCACAUGCAGAUGAGGCCGCCACGUACCGUGGCGCCCCCGCUUACCCGUCUCGUGCGAGUCUUCUUACUGCCCCGUCCAGCCUGCAGGUCCAUGCCAAGCGUCCGCGCCUUGCGUCUCCUCCGGCAGCUACCGCGGAGUCACGGAUGCGCAAGGCGCCAAAAACAGCCACUGACAACGACGCGUGCGAUGCGUCGCUGAGCAACGCUCCGUCGGCCAUCCCGCUGGGCUCGCAAGAGAAUUCCUUGACGGUGCCUAUCGGAUCGCUUGCGACGGUAAGACUGUUUGGCAAGGCGAAGGCAUUCAGCAAUGAUGACGCCUCUGUUGCUGCAAAGCCCGCUGCCCCGCUGGCCGAUGUGCCUACCGCGAAGGCGCCUCCCUUUGGAGGCACAGCGACACCUACAGCUGCCGCUGCAGCCCCCAACUUGUUUGUUUUCGGCUCAAAGUCCGCAGAGAUGAUUCCUGCGCGUUCUGUCCCUGCGGCACCCGCCUUUGGUGCGCCGAAGACGAACUCGUUUGUGAAGGCGGGCCCACCGGCGGUUAUUCCGGAUGACGGCACGUUUGCGCCCAACGCGGAUAGCGACGACGAUGACAAGGGCAACGACAAGGGCACGAAACCCUCCAAGGAGAGUUCGGCACCGGCAAGGGCGCCGUUUAGUUUUAACCCCGUUGGCGUGAAGCCCGCCUUCGGCGCGACGCCACCGUUGUCAACAGGAGCACCCGCAAAUCCCUUCUCCUUCUCAGCUAAGCCUGCCGAGAAGGCGGACGCCCCUGCGGCACCCGCCUUUGGUGCCCCGAAGACGAACUCGUUUGUGAAGGCGGGCCCACCCGCGGUUAUUCCGGAUGACGGCACGUUUGCGCCCAACGCGGAUAGCGACGACGAUGACAAGGGCAACGACAAGGGCACGAAACCCCCCAAGGAGAGUUCGGCACCGGCAAGGGCGCCGUUUAGUUUUAACCCCGUUGGCGUGAAGCCCGCCUUCGGCGCGACGCCACCGUUGUCAACAGGAGCACCCGCAAAUCCCUUCUCCUUCUCAGCUAAGCCUGCCGAGAAGGCGGACGCCCCUGCGGCACCCGCCUUUGGUGCCCCGAAGACGAACUCGUUUGUGAAGGCGGGCCCACCCGCGGUUAUUCCGGAUGACGGCACGUUUGCGCCCAACGCGGAUAGCGACGACGAUGACAAGGGCAACGACAAGAAGGCCAAGACUGAAAGUGCCACCCCAGUUGGGAGCAGCGGUGCCUUCUCAUUCAACCUGAACUCGAAUUGCGCGAAGCCAACUUUUGGAUCCGGGCUUGCAUUUGGAGGAUCGUCAUCGCUCGGGGCAAGCACGGGUGUCUCCGGGACCGCGGCUAAUCCCUUCUCGUUCCCCAACCACCCCAAGCCGAUAGGGUCGUUUGGCACUUCAUGCAGCCCCAGCUUCUCCUUUUCCACUUCAAAAAAGUAA